GAUUAAUCAGUUGUUGUUGACUUGACCUUUCUAGCUAGUUUCCUUCCAACAGGAGCUUUCUUAAUUCGUUGUCCUCUUCCUUCUAUUUAGUUCAACAAGGAGAAGCUAUUCUACUUGACGCGAUUAGCGUGAGACAUUAAUUAACAUCCAGCGUGUGUUGUUAAUUCUCUCACAAUUCAUUUGGAAUUCUUGUGUGGAAACAAUGCUUCUAGAGCUAGAGACUUGGACAGCUUUGGUUGUUUUGUUUUUGCUUGUGUUGAUUCUAAAGGAGUCGAUCAUGGGAGGUAAGAGUUCAAAACGGUCUGAAAGAAGGCAUGUUUCAUCAUAUGGAUCUGCUGGUUCUUCAUCUUCACGGGAUAGCUAUGGAUACCCUCAAUCACCAAAUGCAUACCCACAACAAAAUCCUUAUAAUACGCCUCUUCACCACCGUGCACCAGCUCCAUUCCACGACUAUUCACGGCCAAAAAGGAGGUUAGAUAGGAGAUAUUCAAGAAUAGCUGAUGAUUACCAUUCACUGGAUGAGGUUACCACUGCUCUUUCACAUGCUGGCCUGGAAUCUUCUAAUCUCAUUGUUGGCAUUGAUUUUACAAAGAGCAACGAGUGGACAGGGAAGAGGUCAUUCAACCGAAAAAGUUUACAUCAUAUAGGAAGUGGUCAAAAUCCUUAUGAACAAGCAAUCUCGAUUAUUGGGAAAACUUUAAGUGUUUUUGACGAGGAUAACUUGAUUCCUUGUUUUGGAUUUGGAGAUGCAUCAACACAUGAUCAAGAUGUCUUCAGUUUCCAUUCAGAUGAGAGGUUCUGCAAUGGAUUUGAGGAAGUUUUGUCAAGAUAUAGAGAUAUUGUUCCUCGCCUGCGUCUAGCAGGACCCACUUCAUUUGCCCCAAUUAUUGAGAUGGCCAUGACUAUAGUUGAGCAAAGUGGCGGCCAAUAUCAUGUCCUGCUAAUAAUUGCUGAUGGACAGGUGACCAGAAGUGUUGACACACAACAUGGCCAGCUAAGUCCACAGGAAGAGAAGACAAUUGAUGCAAUUGUAAAAGCCAGUGAGUAUCCCCUUUCAAUAGUUUUGGUUGGAGUUGGAGAUGGACCAUGGGAUAUGAUGAAGGAAUUUGAUGAUAACAUUCCAGCUCGAGCAUUUGACAAUUUUCAGUUUGUGAAUUUUACGGAAAUAAUGUCAGAGAGUAUAGACUCAAGCAGAAAAGAGAGAGAGUUUGCACUAUCAGCUUUGAUGGAGAUACCUUCUCAAUAUAAGGCAACCAUAGACCUUGGCAUAUUGGGUAGUGCACGGAGAGGACAUUCAGCAGACAGGGUUCCUCUACCUCCACCUCAUUAUGAGAGCGCUUCCAGCAGCAGCACAAUACCUCUUCCUUCAAACAGUUUUCAGCAGAGCACACCAACAUAUUAUGAUAAUGUUAACGCAGAAUCAUCUUCAAGAAACUUAUAUGAUAAUAAGGUUUGCCCGAUUUGUCUUACUAAUGAUAAGGAUAUGGCAUUUGGUUGCGGGCACCAGACUUGCUGUGACUGUGGAGAAAACCUCGAAUGCUGCCCCAUUUGCCGAAGCACAAUCACUACCAGAAUAAAGCUUUACUAGUUAACCUUGCAUUGCAGAAAAAAGGCAGGGUAGCAAAGAGAGGAGCAAGGUUAGCCAGGAUCAUGGUGGUAGAUAAGUUUUUUAGAUUUUUGCCUAUCCAAAACUGCAUAUCGCAAUUUUGAACAAAAAUAAAUAAAUAUGCCAGGGUAGGAACUAGGAAGAGUUGUGAAUGCGCGUUGCCUCAUUGUACAUUUGAAGUUUGUGCGUCCCAAUUAGGUUUCAUGUUUUGAUGUAAGUUGCUUGUAAAACAUUUCUUAGGUUCUUUUAAGUAUACUAUUUGUUUUUGUUUUGUUCUUGUAUUUAAAUUAUACACGUCUUGGUCUCACAGUUCAUUUC